AUGUAUCGAAAGUUACAUCGAGAGGCUUCUAAUCCUGGUCUAAAUGGAGGGAGUCUUUUGGAUCUUCAAGAAGACUUUAAAAUAACGGAUAUCCGAAAUGUGGAGAAGGUUCGAUACGAAGUGCUCCUUAAAGAUCUUAGACAAGAUGCAUACUUAGAUCAAAAGGAUAAACUGCUUAUUCCCCAUUCUCAUUCAAUUUAG